AAAUGUAAAAGCAAGCGUGAAGAAAAAUGUAGUGCUUUUUACCUUUCCGCCAAACCAGAAAGAGAGCCAAUCGGGUCGGGUCCUCUUGCCUAAAAAAAAGGAGUCAGCCCAACAUGAACAAUGAUAACAUCAACAAUGCGUCCUUGUUUUGAGCACCGGCAUAGCAGAAUUCGAAUCAGAUGAGUGAUUCGAUCCCUUGACCUCUCAACAAAAUUUUAAAGCGCUUUACCAAUAAGCCAACGAUGUCUAUAAAUUAGAUAGUGUCAUUUGUUUUUAUUCUUAAUAGUUGUAUUUGCAAAUUAGUCGGUACAUAUUAAACUGGUUUUUUCGACAAAGCGGUUUUGCCUCCGCCCUGACCACCGUCACAACCUUCUUCGCCGCCUCUUACACCCAAAAGCACCGGUUUGGAUAUCGCUAUGGAGGAGCAAUCAUUCUUUAACAAGUUCCUUAUCAACCUUCGUUCCAAUUGCAAGUAUUAUACAGGCUAUCCUAAGGAUCUUGGACCAUCGAGGGUUAUUCACUUUACCUCAGAACGGGAAUUUGUCCAACUUCUUCAUCAAGGCUACCCUGUAGUUGUUGCAUUUACAAUCAAGAGUAACUACACCAAACAUCUUGACAAAGUGCUAGAGGAGUCUGCAGCUGAAUUUUAUCCACAUGUAAAAUUUUUACGUGUCGAAUGCCCGAAGUACCCUGGGUUUUGCAUAACAAGACAACAAAAGGAAUAUCCAUUUGUAGAGAUAUUUCAUAGUCCAGAACAGGCAGCUGCUCAGGGAAGGGUUGCUGAUCCUAAUAUUACCAAAUACGCUGUCAAGGUUUUACCUUUCAACUAUGAUCUCAGUGCUUAUGGAUUUCGUGAGUAUUUCAAAAGGCAUGGAGUUCGAACAUCAGAUCCUAAUUAAAAGUUUGAGUAUCCAACAUGGUAUUUCCUCGUUCCAGAUAAAACGAUAUGAUUUUACCAUUUUGGACUACUAGCACUGGCUUUCUUUUAAAUUAUCGAGCACGAAAGUGAAAGGGCUGUUUCAGAACGAGAUCUCCUUUGCCUCUCCAAAACUCAGAGCUUAGUAUUUGUUCCCCUUCUUUGGGUGAAAAAUAGGCACUGUUAUUCUUCCAUGAAUUUUGCUUUUUCCAAAUCCUUUCCAACAGUAAUAGCCAUUUGUGACAAGCUGGCAGAGUGUGAUAAAGAACUUAAAUUUGAAGCUGAGCUCAUAUUAGUUGGCUCGUCAGAGACAGAAGUUUUGAUGUUCUUAAUUUGUUAAAGGUCUCACGGAAUUCAGUAGCUAUCAGGGAUGUUAUGACCACUGCAGACAACGAUGGGUGAGUUACUGAAUUAUGAAAUACAAUUUCUUGAUGUAAAUAAUAAUGUUCUUGUUUGCCUCUAUUCAGUACCCUUUUGAAUAUCUUGGUCCUGGUGGUACUAAAUUAAAUUUGGGACUUCUCUGUAUGUUGUCGCUGGCACAUGAAUUAGUGUUUUGAUCUGCAUCUCGUCGUUUUAUUCAAAUUAAACAUUUUGAAUUGUUA